GAGCUUCCAAAGGGGUUCUUCACAUCCCGCAUCACUCAUUUCCAUUCCCUGCCGUCCUCUUCGGAGUCCUCCAAUCCAGUCACACCAGAUAGGGUGACUGUGUUUCCUCUCCAGCGGCAAUGAGAAGAUGGGCCUUGGCCUGAGGGGUUUCCAGAGGGACUGAGGACCCUUGAGGAGCCUGCGUCUUGAAUCUGUCCUCAGAGAAAACGGGCUCCAGCGGGUCCUGUGACUUUGGAGAAGGGAUUCGUGUCCAGUCCGUUCCUUUUCUCUCACACGAUGAGCCUUCUCUGACGCUGUGAGGUCUGGUGGUUUGAAACAAAAGACCUGUGGACAUCCACUCUUACUUGGGGUGGGUUCACCUCAGAGCAGACCCUCAGGAAGCAUCCUUCAGUAGCUCAGUGACCGCGUGCUAGGGUUUUGAAGGCCCAUUCCGGAGUAGAUGGAGAGAGUGAAUCAGCGGGCGAUCACUCGUCAGCCAGACCUGGAAAAGAGCAUUGAUUUCUGCAGGCGAGAAAAUCACUCACUUCAAACCCUCCAGCCACCAUCACCACACACAACUGCACCCCGCGUGGAAAGCUCUAGAGGGAAGCGCCGGGAGGCCAGGAGCCCUAGUGCCCAUCUGACGGGGCCGAGACUGAGGGGACCAUUAGGGGACUGGGUGUUAGGGCUUCUGGAGAUGAAUGAAAGCAUGCCCUGAAUUGCCAUCGGAUGAAGCCUGCUCUCUUCAAUGUGCUCUGUGAGAUCAAGGAAAAGACAGGGUUAAGCAUCCAUGGCAUUCAAGAAGAAUGUCCCCCCAAUGCUCAGCUCAUGCGGCUGGAUAACAUGCUGCUGGCCGAGGGCGUAUCCAGGCCGGAGAGGCGAGGAAGAGGAGGCCCGGUAGCAGCGGCCAACACAGCAACACCAGGUGGCUGUUCAAAUGACAAUAGCCUUGAACACUCUGACUACAGGGCCAAGCUGUUCCAGAUCCGACAGAUUUACCACUCUGAGCUAGAGAAAUAUGAACAGGCCUGCCGCGAGUUCACCACGCACGUCACCAACCUUCUCCGGGAGCAGAGCAGGAUGAGGCCCGUCUCGCCUAAGGAGAUCGAGCGCAUGGUCAGUGUCAUCCACGGCAAGUUCAGUGCCAUCCAGAUGCAGCUGAAGCAGAGCACCUGCGAGGCCGUGAUGACCCUGCGUUCACGGUUCCUUGAUGCCAGGCGUAAGCGGCGGAAUUUCAGCAAGCGGGCCACGGAAGUGCUGAAUGAGUAUUUUUAUUCCCAUUUGAACAACCCUUAUCCCAGUGAAGAAGCCAAAGAAAGGCUGGCCAGGAAGGGCGGCAUCACAGUCUCCCAGGUCUCUAACUGGUUUGGCAACAAAAGAAUUCGGUAUAAAAAGAACAUGGGGAAGUUUCAAGAAGAAGCUACCAUUUAUAUGACUAAAAUGGCAGUCGGGGGCCUGGGGAGCCAGGCUAGCUGCCCAUCGACACCCAGCUCCGGUUCCUCUGGUCCCUUCCCGCUGACCAGUGCCGGGGAUGCACUUGUCACCCUGCAGACACUGGCCUCUCUCCGCCCCGCCCCUGCGGGAGGCAGCUUACGGUCUCAGGCCAGGGGCAGCCGGCUGGGAGCCGCCCCCCCGGUGUUGACCGCUUCCCCCUCCGGAGACCCCGGGAGCAUCAACUCAGAUGCAUCUAAUUAAGUUUGGGGGACAAGCAGGACAGCAGACUGCGUGACCCGCCACAGUUUGCUGGCACUUGACCUUUUACUGCACGUGCAGCCCAUUAUACCUCAGAAAACCCAGAACCGUUGGGUUGCUGCUGUCCGUUGCUUGCCGGCUGGGAUUCGAAAUGGUCUGAGAUGCUCUCAUUUUCUCAAUUCAGUUUGGGGUUUUUUUUCAUAGUAAUUUUAUGAUAAGACUGUGCAUUGUUUCUUCUAGGACUUGUCACAAUCCUCCCAUUACAAUUUUUGACUUCUUUUCACGUUGAUGUUGUUCACACAAGGUUUGUUUCCGGCCACGGCGGUAGCUGGGCGGUGUCCGAGCCGUGAGUCUGUCCGCUCGUUUGUCCCUCCGUGUGCCGACUGGCCCGGACGCCGCCUUCCCCACUCGCUUCUGCUGUAUCAUUUCAUUAUGCUUUUGUUUAAGUCUGUUGUGAGCUCAGAAUUUUACUGGGAAUUGGUUUUGUAUUUUUCUCUGUUAAUAUAAGUUCUUCCAUUCUCAGUUGACGUGUCACUAAAGACAAUAAAUUUCCCAAGUGCUUUCCUGCA